AUGGCCCUGAGAUCAGGCCUGAGGGCGACGCUGAUGGUUGGACAGAGUGCCAUGGUGACACUUGGCCUACUUAUCAUCACCCACUUUAUGUACAACAGCUUCGAAGGCGCCUGCUGGGCGACCUUUGGAAUUGACUCUAAGAUCAUGUACUUGGAGGACUGAAUAGUUCAGCUGCAGCUAUGGAAUGCAGCUGGCCAGGAGACCUUUUGAAGCCUAACUAGCAACAUUCAUGAUUCAACUAUUGCUGUGGUUGUCUAUGACAUCACAAACAUCAACUUUUUCAAGGAAACAGAUAAGUGGGUAGAAGAUGUACAGGCAGAGUAUAUCAUCAUCAUGUUGGUGGGUAACAAGAUUGAUCUGAACAACAAAAGGAAAGUCUCUACCGAGGAGGCAGAAGAAAAAUCCAGAGACCUCAAUGUGAUGUUUAUUGAGACCAGUGCCAAAUUCACCAUUGCUUAUUCUUUUGGAUAA